AUGUGGCGUGCGCCCGGCAGCGUCUUUAACCCCUUUUGCACGGCAAGUCGAUACCACUUUGUCCCUCUUCGUCGCCACGUCUCUACCAAACAAAGACCGUUGCAAUGGCAGGAGGUCCGACUUAUCAAACACCUGAGCUCGGAGUCAUCCAGUCGCAGCCAAAACGGGCGAGAUGAGGUGCAGACGCUGUUUUUGAGUCAGGGCAAAGAGGCGAUAAAAAUCACACGCCUUGGCAUGUACGUCAAUGUGGCAAUGGCGGCGACCAAGGGUGCAGUCGGUGUAGCUAUUCACUCGAGUGCAUUAAUUGCUGAUGCGGCCCAUUCGCUGUCAGAUCUACUGUCGGAUGUCGUGACGCUCUGGAGUGUCAAAGUCGCGCGACUACCUCCUGAUCAGAAACACCCCUACGGCUAUGGAAAGUACGAAGCGGUGGGGUCGCUCUCAGUGGGUGCCAUUUUAGUUCUCUGUGGUAUCGGGAUCGGCGCCGACGGACUGCAGGCGAUGCAGCAAAUUUGGAAUGGCGAGAUCGCAACGACGUUACCGGAUCUCAACUUGCUGUAUCUUUCAGACAUGGAUCGAAGCACGCAAUGGGCUCUUGCAGCUGGAGCAGCGGGGUUGUCCAUUGCAGCAAAAGAAGCUUUGUUUCGGGUGACUGUCAAGAUUGGCCAGCAAGCAAAAAGCAAGGUGUUGAUUGCAAAUGCGUGGCACCAUCGCACAGAUGCAAUUUCUUCUGUCGUGGCGCUUGGUGGAAUUAUUGGCUCGAUGGCGGGGAUGCCUCUCCUUGACCCAGUUGCUGGUAUGGCUGUCGCAGCGAUGAUCGUGAAGACUGGUGGUGAAAUCUGUCUGGACAGCGUUCAAGAGCUCACCGACAACACUGUCGAGACAGAGGUACUCGAAACGCUGAAAGAAGUGUCCGGCAGUGUCGAGGAUGUACUGCAUGUAUCGCAAGUCCGGGCCCGUCGAAUGGGGCCAUAUACGCUAGUGGACUUGCGCGUCCAUCUUGAUGCGCGGACAAGUAUAUCGAUGGCUCAGCAAAUUUCGAAACAAGUGCGAUCCCACAUCUUGAAAGAGGUGCCGGACGUCUCUGAAGUAUUGGUCCACCUCGACGUUCAAUUCGACCAGCUUGGCUACUCAAACCGUGGUUCAGGCGACUUGACCUCCAAAAAAGACUUGCGACCGUAUCGAGAGAUCAAAAACGAUAUCAGCUACGCGCUCGCCACGAUCCCGGAGAUCACUGGGACCACACACAUCAACACGCAUUGGAUACCGCACCAAGGCACGGUCGUUGAUGUUGCAAUUGUGGUGCAACCCGAUUUAAAAGUUGAAGCUGCUCACGCUGUUGCAAAAAGGGCGAGGAAAUCAAUCGAAGGCAUACCCUACAUUGUCGAGGCAGAUAUUCACCUGGAACUCCAGGACGACGAGUCGGACAGCGUCUAA